AUGAACCGUGGACGAAAGGAUGUCAACGAGAAAGAAGUACAAGUGGCAGUCAAGGUGCUGCUUUAUGACCUCAUGAUGCUGGAUGACCGCCCACUUUUGCAGCUUCCGCUCCGCUAUCGGACGGCACUACUUCAGCAUGUUGGCGAGCACGAUGAAUCAGACUUGCGGAAAUUUUUGCAUGCGGCUCUGGACGCCAAGUGCGAAGGACUCAUGAUUAAGGCACGCGGGCCGCCGUCCAAGCGCUGCGAGAAUUGGCUCAAGGCAAGUUGGGGCGGAGUGAAAAAGGAUUAUCUGGAAGGUCUGGGCGAUAGCUUUGAUUUGGUGGUUAUUGGCGGCUGGUGGGGCAAUGGCCGCAAGGCCGGGUGGUUUAGCCCUCUGCUCUUGGCCUGCUACAAUCCGGAGACAGAGUUGCUCGAGUCGGUGUGCAAGGUCAUGUCUGGGUUUACGGAUGAGUUUUAUAAGGAGCUGACGGCAUUUUAUUCUCGCGAAGAGAACCAGUGUGCGAAAAAGUCUUACUAUGAUGUCGCUGAAAGCAUGACGCCCUCCGUGUGGUUUGAGCCGGUGCGGGUUUGGGAGAUUCGUGGAGCUGACUUGACGGUGAGCCCGGUGCAUCGGGCAGGUCACGGCCUUGUGCCCGGGCGUGAGGCAGCAGGCAUUUCGCUGCGCUUUCCUCGCUUUAUUCGAGAACGACCGGAUAAGACCAUGUCCGAGGCCACCACGGCCCAUCAGAUUGUUGAGCUAUACCAACAGCAGUUUGCCCCCGCUGCCUCGCGCCGGCUGGUUGGUGAUGAGGCAGAUGCAGAGCGGCACGACGAGGUUGCCAUGGGUGGGCUGGAGGAUGAGAGCGUCGAACGGGCGGUGUUAUAA